ACCUUGUUUUUUUGUACACAUAGUCACUGAUCAAUCUCAAUCAUCAUUCUAUCUUUCUCUCUUCUCAUAUUUUUCACGUUUUUGAUGAUAAAAUUUGAUUUCAUCUUCAACCGUUGGAUCGAACUCUCUUAUCUUCAUCUCACCCAUUUGAUUCUCAUAUCAGAUAUAAUUAAUUUCCUAUAAAUAUCAAACCUAUCUCUACCUUCACAUGACACUCUUACUGUUUUGCCACUGAUUGUAUUUCAGCCUCUCUAUCUCUCCGUCUCUGCUACAUGUUAUCACCUUCAAUUCUCGCUCGAGUUUCAGCAAUGUCAAUAAUUGGGCGCAGAGGAAUUCAUUUCUUGCGUAAACUCAGUGCUGAAAAUGUUCCCAGUGAUUUGAUAGAGAAGGGUCAAAGCCGAGUUAUAGAUGCUUCUCUCACUCUCAUUCGUGAGAGCGCAAAGCUCAGGGGAGAGCUUGUGCGUGCUUUAGGAGGCGCUGUAGCAUCCACUUCUCUUUUGGGUGUUCCUCUUGGACAUAACUCGUCGUUUCUUCAAGGGCCUGCUUUUGCUCCUCCUCGGAUUAGAGAGGCAAUCUGGUGUGGUAGUACCAACUCAACAACUGAAGAAGGGAAAGAACUAAGAGACCCACGGGUGCUAACUGAUGUUGGUGAUAUUCCUAUCCAAGAAAUUCGAGAUUGUGGAGUCGAAGAUGAAAGACUGAUGAAUGUCAUAAGUGAGUCUGUCAAGCUAGUGAUGGAACAGGAUCCACUGCGCCCAUUGGUGUUAGGUGGUGACCACUCAAUUUCUUAUCCUGUUGUAAGAGCUGUCUCUGAGAAGCUUGGGGGACCUGUGGAUAUUCUUCAUCUGGAUGCCCAUCCUGAUAUCUAUGACGCCUUUGAAGGUAAUAUAUAUUCACAUGCGUCUUCUUUUGCUCGAAUUAUGGAAGGUGGUUAUGCUCGGCGUCUUUUGCAGGUUGGUAUUAGAUCAAUCAACAUAGAAGGGCGUGAACAAGGAAAACGAUUUGGUGUUGAGCAAUAUGAAAUGCGAACCUUUUCAAGAGACCGUCACUUUUUGGAAAACCUGAAAUUAGGGGAAGGUGUGAAGGGUGUGUACAUCUCGAUAGAUGUAGAUUGCCUUGAUCCUGCAUUUGCUCCUGGAGUGUCACACAUUGAGCCAGGGGGUCUCUCCUUCCGUGAUGUUCUCAACAUACUCCACAGCCUUCAAGGCGACAUUGUUGCUGCAGAUGUCGUUGAAUUCAAUCCCCAGCGUGACACUGUUGAUGGGAUGACUGCAAUGGUAGCUGCUAAGCUGGUGAGAGAGUUGGCUGCAAAGAUAUCAAAAUGAUAAAAUUAUCAGGUGCCUUCCUUUGGUAUACCUGGAGACUAGACCUUCCAGCAU